CUCAGAGGCGGGCUCGGUGAGUGGAGUCUGACCGCGGAUGGGUGCCCUGACUGCCCGACGGCCGCGCAGGGGACUGCAGGGCCGCUGGGGAGGAUGUUGUUAACGUAAAGAGCCAGGCUGAUGAGGAAGGUUCCUGAGUCCUUCGGGUAUAAGCGGGAGUUGGGGCGGCUGGAGGGCAGAUGACUCUAAGGUGUGGAUCUUCGGUUCCAAGGGGAGAAUUUGACUUGGGUUUUGUCUAAAAUGCUGAUGGCGGGCCUCACAGAAAAGUUACCAUGAACCGACUUUCCGGAAUUCCCUUGGCGCUGCAGCCUCGUUGCAAAAAGGAAACCGAGAGGAAGGCGACGAGGAUUGGCCUGCGGUGAUGUUAGCGGAAAGUAUCUGUAAUUAGACCCUGGAGGGCGGGCCUGUGAGCGAUUGCUGUCCGCGGUGCUGAAGGAAAGGCUGCCACUCCUAGAGGAGAAAACCUGAUGAGGGCAGGGCUGUGUUUCCGUUUUCCUUGGCCGGGCUCAGCGUCCUACACUCAAUAGGCAUGGGCUUUCUAGCAGCGCUGGAUACUUAGGCGGGCAAGUACCUUCAGCCUUUAAGCCCAACCAGAUGAUUUGCCUGCGGGUUGGAGGCCUUCAGCGCGUUUCACUAGACCUCUGUCUGUAUCCGUCCAGUUAGCCAAGCUUUGAUUAAGGAUGACUUCCUUGUUUGCUCAAGAAAUUCGCCUUUCUAAAAGACAUGAAGAAAUAGUAUCACAAAGAUUAAUGUUACUUCAACAAAUGGAGAAUAAAUUGGGCAAUCAACACACAGAAAAGGCAUCUCAGCUCCAAAUAGUUGAGACAGCUUUUAAAAGGAAUCUUAGUCUUUUAAAGGAUAUAGAAGCAGCAGAAAAGUCACUACAGACCAGGAUGCACCCAAUUCCGCGGCCUGAGGUGGUUUCUCUUGAGACUCGUUACUGGGCAUCAGUAGAAGAAUAUAUUCCCAAAUGGGAACGGUUUCUUUUAGGAAAAGCACCAUAUCCUUUUGCUGCUGAAAAUCAAAAUGAAGCAGAAAAUACCAUUCAAAAUGAGGCAUAGCGAUAACUUCUUCCCAUGGUAUUUGGAAAAGCCUGUUUAAUAAAGCUGGGUGUUAAGGAGUAUGUAGGUAAUUGCAGGAACUUUAGGAAUUAAAUAUGUUCAUAUUCUCCAUUAUCUUGUGAGUGACAGUGAAGAUACAAGAAUUUACUGGCAAGCCUCAUGUUAUCACCUAUUACUAUUUCAAGGUCCCAAAUUUGCUUUCUACCAAACCGAUAGAUGUGUUAAACACUAAUAUUAAAAAGUGGACUCUUUAUUAA